AUGACGACCCCCUCGUGCGCUCUUAUUCCCAGCUCCUCACCAUCCUCCUUGUCCUCCUACUCCCUUCUUGGUUGUGCCCUAGUCUCCGAGCUAUCUUUCUCGCCUGCCCUCGGCAAUACUCUCGAUCCUCUGCCCCGUAUCUCGUUGACCGCAGGUGUUUCGGGGAUCAUGACGGAUCAGUUCCUCGCUGAGCAACACACAUGGACUCUGUUGAGGAAUGCGCAAUCUGACGAUGAGACCAGUUGGGUCAUGUUGACCCGGGAUGGGCAGAUUGUGCCCAUUCCUGGCGAAAAGAUCCUACACACUUCGCGCCCGAGGGUUGCCCUCGAGCUGACAACGCCUCGUGAGCUUAAUAUUGCUGAGCCGUUCUCGCUCAAGUGUGACAACGGCAUUGCUUAUAUCACAAACCAGAGGGUGAUAUACCUUCCGGCCAGGCCGACAGAGACGUUUAGGUCGUUUUUUACUCCCGUGCUUAACUUCAGUGACACCCACGUUUACUCGUCCUGGAUCGGUCCCUGGAGCUGGGGCGGCAUGGUCCGGCCAGUCCCGGGAGGAGGGAUCCCCAUGCACAUCCCACGGAUUGAGGCAAAGUUCACCUUCCGGGAUGGCGGACACAGCGAAUUCCAGGCCAAGUUUGAGACCCUCAAGGAACGACUUCAUCAUGCGCAGGAAUUGGGGCUCAAUCCGCUCUUAAACUUCGAGCCUCCGCCGCCGUAUGAACCCCCGAGCAGCAGUAGCACAUCCUCCGUCCCGGUUCCGGCCGCCGAUGCUCAGUCUCAGCUGCAGCAACCGCCCCCGCCAGCGCCGGAUGAGCCGCCGCCGGAUUACGUGGAAGCUCAGAGCCAGGCGAUCACAAUGCAGUACGAGGAAAGGAUGCGCCAGGAGGCCGAGAGGCAGCGGUGA